CAGCAUGCAGCACCGAUGGCAGGGCAUGGCCAGGGUCACCCAUCAGGCCACAGUGGCCACCCUCUCUUACCCCUUCUGCCUCCUCCUGCAGGCUGCCUCAAGGAUGAUCGCAUUGUCUUCUGGACGUGGAUGUUCUCCACCUACUUCAUGGAGAAAUGGGCCCCCCGGCAGGAUGACAUGCUGUUCUACGUUCGCCGGAAGCUGGCCUACACGGGUGGCGAGAGCAGCGUGGAUGGGAGGAAGCUGCCCGAGGCCGAGCCUGAGGUAGAGGUGGAGGUGUACCGGCGUGACUCCAAGAAGCUGCCAGGCCUGGGAGACCCUGACAUCGACUGGGAGGAGAGCGUGUGCCUGAACCUCAUCCUACAGAAGCUGGACUACAUGGUGACCUGUGCUGUGUGCACACGCGCCGACGGGGGUGACAUACACAUCCACAAGAAGAAGUCACAGCAAGUGUUUGCCUCUCCCAGUAAGCAUCCCAUGGACAGCAAAGGGGAGGAGUCGAAGAUGAGUUACCCCAACAUCUUCUUCAUGAUUGACAGCUUCGAGGAGGUGUUCAGCGACAUGACAGUGGGGGAAGGAGAGAUGGUCUGUGUGGAGCUGGUGGCCAGUGACAAAACCAACACAUUCCAGGGGGUCAUCUUCCAGGGCUCCAUCCGCUAUGAGGCACUUAAGAAGGUGUAUGACAACCGAGUGAGUGUGGCUGCGCGCAUGGCCCAGAAGAUGUCAUUUGGCUUCUACAAGUACAACAAUAUGGAGUUCGUGCGCAUGAAAGGGCCCCAGGGCAAGGGCCAUGCUGAGAUGGCCGUCAGCCGCGUGUCCACUGGAGACACGUCCCCCUGCGGUACCGAGGAGGGUUCCAGCCCAGCCUCGCCCAUGCACGAGAGGGUGACCUCCUUCAGCACGCCCCCCACGCCCGAGCGGAACAACCGGCCCGCCUUCUUUUCCCCUUCCCUCAAGAGGAAGGUGCCCCGCAACCGCAUCGCUGAGAUGAAGAAGUCCCACUCGGCCAACGACAGUGAGGAGUUCUUCCGGGAGGACGACGGCGGAGCUGACCUGCACAAUGCCACCAACCUUCGCUCCCGCUCCCUGUCUGGCACGGGGCGGUCCCUGGUCGGGUCCUGGCUGAAACUGAACAGAGCUGACGGCAACUUUCUUCUCUAUGCACACUUGACCUAUGUCACUUUGCCGCUGCAUCGGAUCUUAACAGACAUCCUGGAGGUACGGCAGAAGCCCAUCCUGAUGACCUAGCAUGGCAGAGCCACAUGGAGCCCUGGCCCUUAGGCUUGGGGACUGCUGCCAAGUGCCUACCUGUCACCGCCACCGGGGUCUUCUGUGACAACCAGCGCCAGGGCUGCAGCCAGGCAGGGCCGCUCGACUCCGGGGCCAGGGCCGAUCCACAAACACCAGCCCAAACUGAAGUGCCUCGUCCUCCCCCCCGCUGGCUCUGCUCCUGCCUGCAUCCCACCUCCCCUGCCCAGCUCCGGAGAACCCUCUGCACCCAGACAGGGCUAGGGACGCCAGGAGGCCACAGACGGCAAAGGGACAGCAGGUCCCACAAGGGCCCUGCCACGAGCCGCAUCCCACCCGACAUAGGUGGACACCACCCAGCCGGGCCUUCUGUGAGUCAGACUGGCCACACUUCCUCCCAGGCCUCGAGGAAGGUGUUGUGACCUGGUGAACCCCAGUGUGCACCCUCCCCUCGCCACACUGUCACAGUGGGCUCCCCGGGGAGAUGGGGACAUGACCCAUUCAUCGGCUUUACCCUAGGCUGGGGAUACCUCGCCUCACACCCAGUUCCAGAACCUUCUCCAGCUGAGCAGACAGCCCCAACCCCCCAAGAUUGGCCUUCGCUUCCAGCCAAAGAACACCGCCAACACACAUGCCUACGCCCCAGGCCAUCAGUUCUGGGCCUGGGCUGGAGGGACCUGCAGAACUGGGGUCCUGAGGCCAGGUGGGAGGGUUUGGUAGCCAGGGUGACUGAGGGGCUGGGCUUGGCAUCCUUCCGGGGUCCCCAGAGCAGAUGGCAUCUCCUGGGGUCGGAGGGACUGUGCUGUCCCCUUGCCCAGUUUCCAGCGCUUCCAGCGUGCUGGGCCCAUCACAGGCCAGCCCCCUGCAGCCAGAGCUGCUUACGCGUGUGCGCGCUGUGGCCUGGUCUCUCCUCAGCACCUGGGGCCUCCCUGCCCAGCUGGGAGUUGACCAAGAGCUGCAUCUCUCUCGCUGUUCUGGUUGUAGGCCCUUGGCCCCUUGGGGGCGCCAGGUUCCCCUGUGGAGACCUCUUGUCAGUAGGAGAGGGCAGCUCUUCUCCCAUCUGUUUCCAUUCUGCGGGCUCUGGGGACAGGACUCCUUUGGGCUUUCUCCAGAUUUUGUAUGUUGUUAUUAAAAGCGAGCUAUUGCAUUUCAUCCUGCCUCAAUUUGCCCACCUGUAAAAUGGGGCCAAUACCACCUACCUCACUGAUGUUUCCAGGGUUUCAGUACACAGCUAGGUCAGGGUGUGACUGAGAAUCAUUCCUGUGCGGGCUGCUGUGCAGCGACCCAGGAUCCGACAUCCGCAUGGACGUCCGUGGCUCUAGCCACACUGCAGCUCAGCUCUCCCGGGGGCUCGUGCUCACCAGUGUCUUAGGGCUGCAGUCAGGUCACAGGCCACCGUGGGGGAGCGGAGGGUCAGGCCCUGAACAUGUGGGGCCCCAGGGUGUCCGGUACUGUCUGUG